AGGAAUAAUUACUACUGUGAACCAAUGUAUGAGAUUAGCCGCGUCGAGUGAAAAGUAGGCCUAGAAGAAGACAUAUUACUUUGUAUCAUGAAAUACUGGUUGCUCAGAUUGACUCCUUUGAUUGCUUCAGGAUCCAGAAACUGAUAAAUCAUGAAUUUGUAUUCAACUUUAUCCGUAUCCCCGCUGGUAAUACUAAUAUUUAUUUGCCAGCUAGGACGAUUGCUAUCGUGUAAUUUUGCAAAAUUUACACCUCACCACACCAUGUGUAAGUAUAGAGGACAAAAUUCUCAGUGCGCCAUCUCUGGGCGAAUGAUAUCACCACCAGAAGCACAGGAAAUCGUUCAUGUUCACAAUACACUUAGACAACGGAUAGCUCUGGGAAACGAAAACCGAGGAAGUCAAACCCCUGCUUCCAAUAUGAGAGAAAUGUACUGGGAUGACGAACUUGCCAGGCUGGCACAAAGACUAGCAGAUCAAUGCAUAUUUAAACACGACUGUUCACGAUGUAGAAAAGUUGAACGAUUUAACGUCGGGCAGAAUAUGGCAAGCGUAGCUUCAUCUUUUGAUGACAACACAGUUGAUUGGAAGCUGAUAAUCAACAACUGGUACGAUCAAGUUAAGAUAUUCAGAGCCAACUACAUCAACCCUUUCCGGUUUGUCCCGGGAACAGGUCAUUUUAGUCAGGUCGUGUGGGCUGAUACUUAUAAAGUAGGAUGUGGCUACACUCAUUACUACAAAAACGGAAAAUCCAUGAAGCUCUUCGUGUGUAAUUACGGGCCAACGGGUAAUGUUCUCAGAGAUGCUAUGUACAAACAAGGUACAUCCUGCAGCGAAUGUCCACACGGUACUUCAUGCUCAAGAAACUACCGAGGGUUAUGUGCUGUAGAUGCUGAACCACCAAUCAGAACAGUAGCGCCACCUGUUGUUAUACCAUCUGUCAGACAAAUACUGUUCGUCUGUGAUUUCAAAACCGAUAGAGGAUGCGGUGUUAAUCAUAUUGCAGGAACUCCGUGGACAAGAAUAGAAAGUGGUCCCUAUGGCGGCCAUUUUGAAGUUGAGAUUAAACGUGGUGAGAGCAGCGACAUCUUACUGUCUGAAAUGGCACAAAUACCAGCUGGAGAAAGAAAGGCCUGUUUGGGUUUGAGGCGUCUCUAA